AUGAGGACAAAUGUUGCAGCCCGAGCUGCUGUUGGGGGAGAUGACAUGCUGUCGAAGUGGCAACUUAUGGCUGAGCAAGCCAGGCAGAAACGUGAAGGGGGAACUGACUCUGCAUCUGGUUCUCAGCCAACCAAAGAUGUCAGUCGCAAAUCUCCUCCAUCAUCAGGAAGGAGCACAAAAGACAAUCAAGAAAGGGAGAGAAAAGGUCCAAAUUCUCUUGGGAGUUCAGAGUGGACAAAAAUAUUGCAAUGCUUGUUGUUUCUCAAGGAUGGGCAAAGGUUAGACAGUAGAGGCAGCAGAAAGGAGAAGAAUGGAAAAUUAUUCAACAAGCUAUCUUUGAUGAGAUAUAGGUUUGAUUUAUCAUGAUUAGUAGAAUUUUGCCUUAAUUAUUUUGAUUUCUAGUCGGACCAUGCAUUUCAAAAGCUAUUUUCAGAUGAGCUUUUCCAGUUUGGUUAGAGCAAUAAUUUGGGUAUGGAGUUAUGGAUUCUUGAGAAGGAGACAGGAGCCGGUCCAUCCACUUAAUGGUUCAGUUUUACUUAUUCCUUUCAUCUUACAACAUUCACUCAGGUUACUAAUACUCAAAUUCUUUGAUUCUGCUUUCAAUAUUGAUUGUUUCAUAUAGCUUUAUUUCCUGCUGCAAAAUUAGAAACAAUGUCUUUUAUUUCCUGAUAUAGCAACAUUGAGUUUUCACUUAUUAUCAUGACCCAUAUUGCAGUACAUCAUAAAUAAUGUCUUUUAGAUCAGGUACAAUGUAUUUUAGCUUCAUAAAAUAUAUUGAGGAUUCUUUCAAGUUUAUGGCUUUAGCAAGUUUAUUUUAACAGUCUCACUAACCAGAGGUAUUAAUCUCAUCCUACAACAUUGUUCUAUCGAAUCUCCCUCAAUUGUUUCAUUCCAACUGCUCCCAUCAGAAAUGCUAUUAGUGACUACAAGAUAUAGAAAGUCUAAAUAGCAUAUACUUUUGAGUUAAUAUGAUUUACUCUUGCAGUAGACACACCAUUUAAUAGGAAAAGAACUUUAGAACUCAUGUUAUUUAUUUACUCUGAUAGUAGUGUAAUUGUAAGUGAUGAUAAAACUAUGCUACUGUUUUUUCAAUCUUUAAGAACUUAGUCUCUUUCCAAUCUUUAACAACUUGGUCUUUUGACAAUUUUUGAGAGGGCUUUAAUCCUUUCUAUAUACAUAUUAUGGUGUUAGCCUUAAAUCAUUUUUUUUUUCUGAAUGAAUCCAUUUGAAUCACUUAGGUGUGGCUGGGAUGAUACAUACAUUAAAAUUGAGUACUUUUUUUUUAUCAAAAGUCCUUUAUGUUAUCUAAAGUCAUAUAUAUACUUUUCCUGUUAUUAGACCAAUAGCUCACCUACUGGUUUGACAAUUAUAUUAUCAAAAGUCCUUUCACUUUAUUUUAAAUUUAAAAAUUAUUUUUCAUGUCAAAUUAGACUUUUAUCUUUAAAAGUUUGUAUCCUCUUGAACUCACCUUAUUUCUUAGUCUAUUUUUGUUAUAAAUUGGUGCGCAUGAUUAGUGAAUGAUAUACUACAUACAUAAAUAAAUAUUGGUUUAUUUGUAUUUACACCACUUAUAUAACACGUUGAUCCUGGAUACAUCUUUUCUUUGUCAAUUAAUUUAAAAUGUUUAACCAAAUUGUUUUGGACAUAUAUCUUAUAUUUUAAAAUUUACUAAUGAAUAGUAUGUUAGUUUCAUGUUAAAACCUUAUUAGAAAAAAUUCAUCGGGAAAAAAAUCUAGUGAAAGAAAAAGAGUACAAUAUUCUUUUAGAAUAAAUGUAUUCCCCCCUCAGCUGAGCGAUCAUUUCUUCGACGAUGAAGACCAAUCUUUUGUACUAGUUGAUUAAAAGUUCUACUUGGGAGUGACUUUGUGAAAAGGUCUGCAAGAUUAUCACAUGAACGAAUUUGUUGGAUGUUUAUAUCACCAUUCUUCAGAAGAUCAUGAGCGAAGAAGAACUUUGGAGAUAUGUGUUUUGUUCGGUCUUCUUUAAUGUAACAAUCUUUCAAUUGAGUGAUGCAUGCAAUACUAUCUUCAUAUAUGGUUGUUGUAUUUAUUUUUCCAUAAGACAAACCACAAGUAUUUUGUAUAUGUUGGAUUAACAAUCUUAACCAAACACACUCUCGACUUGCCUCAUGUAGUGCUAAAAGUUCAGCAUGAUUAGAUGAAGUUGCUGCUAUUGUUUGUUUCACCGAUCUCCAUGAAAUAGCUAUACCUCCACAUGUAAACAAAUAACCUGUUUGUGAUCUACCAUUGUGAGGAUCUGACAAGUAACCUGCAUCUACAUAACCUGUUAAUUCGAGUUUUGAUACUUUGGUAUAAAACAGACCCAUGUAUAUUGUACCUCUAAGAUAACGAAGUAUAUGUUUGAUUUCAUUCCAAUGCAUUCGUGUGGGUGAAGAAUUGUAUCUUCCUAAUAGAUUAACUGCAAAUGAUAUAUCAGAGCAUGUAUAAUUAGCAAGGUACAUCAGUGCUCCAACCGCACUGAGAUAUCAUACUUCAGGACCAAGCAAUUCUUCAUUCUUUUCUCGAGGCCUAAAAGGAUCUUUCUCUACAUCUAAUGAUCUAACAACCAUUGGAGUAGACAACGAGUGACAUUUGUUCAUAUAGAAGCGUUUUAACACUUUUUCUAUAUAGCAUUCUUGAUGUACAAAUAUUCCUUUGUCCAAAUGCUCAAUUUGUAAACCUAGACAUAAUUUUGUCUUUCAUAGGUCUUCCAUCUCAAACUCUUUCUUUAAACAAUUCACAGCUUUUGGAAGCUCUUCAGGAGUUCCAAUAAUAUUUAUGUCAUCAACA